UUUCCGGUUGAUUUGCCCCGCCUUCCAGUGCCACAGUUUUACGUUUUUUAUUAAGCAGUACCGGAUUAAACUUCUCUUUAAGCGUAGCCUUUAUUGUUUAUAGCGGGCAGCACAAAUAUUGUCUUCCAGAAUAAAUCUGUUUAGGUUAUCAGAGAACGCAGAUUUAUCACUCGUGCACUAUUGGUCGAUCCGAGAGGUUAGAGGUUAAUAUGUAAAUAUCCAACAUGGCGGCGCCCGUAGAUGACAUGUUUUCUCGCUGCGUGGAUCCUGCCAAAGCCAGUAAUUGCGUGGAGGCCCGAUUUAUCGAUAAAGUCAAGGGCAAAGGAUUAUUCGCCAAAAGACCUUUUAAAAAGGGUGACACUAUUUUUAUUGAGCAGCCUCUAGUCUCAUCUCAGUUCUUGUGGAAUGCCUUGUACAAAUACAGAGCGUGUGAGUACUGUCUGCGUGCUCUGGAGACGGCGGAGGAGAACGCCAGGCGCUUGAGCGGUCGUGCGGCUCUCAGUCUGCCUCACCCCGAGCUGUGUAAAGUGCGUCCGGACCGACACCAGGCCUGUCCACACUGUCAGGUGAUGUACUGCAGUGCUGAGUGCCGGCAGGCUGCAUGGGAGCAGCACCACAGGCUCCUGUGCAUCGGUUCAUCUCACCACGAUCCCGAUCAUCCGCUCAACAAGCUGCAGGACGCCUGGCGGAGCGUGCACUACCCUCCGGAAACGUCUAGUAUCAUGAUAAUGGCAAGGAUGGUGGCCACCAUCAAGCAGGCUCAAGAUAAGGAACGCUGGCAGAGGUUGUUCUCUCAUUUCUGUAGUCGCACAGCAAACGAAGAGGAGGAAAUAGUUCAUAAAUUAUUGGGAGAGAAGUUUCAGGGACAGCUGUCCUUGCUGCGUAAUCUCUUUACCACCGCGCUGUAUGAGGAUCGUCUCAGUCAGUGGUUCACUCCAGAGGGGUUUCGCUCUCUAUUUUCACUUGUUGGGACCAACGGUCAGGGUAUUGGCACCAGUUCUCUGAGUCAGUGGGUUCAUGCGUGUGACGCGCUGGAGCUUCCCAGCCAGCAGAGGGAGCAACUGGACGCGUUAAUCGACCAGCUGUACAAGGACAUCGACAAAGAAACUGGUGAUUUCCUCAACUGCGAGGGCUCCGGUCUAUUCCUGCUGCAGAGCUCUUGUAACCACAGCUGCGUUGUUAACGAAGAGGAGUCUUUCCCUUUCCACGACAACUUCUUCCUCCUCCUCAUCGGUGUUAUCGGCAUCAGCCCCGGAGAGGAGAUCUGUAUCAGCUACCUGGACGGCUGCCAGCGAGAACGGAGUCGUCACAGCCGGCACAAGAUCUUGAGGGAGAAUUACUUAUUCGUCUGUUCCUGUCAGAAGUGCAUGUCCCAGAUGGACGAUGCGGAUAUGACAUCAGAGGAGGAAGAGGAGGAGGAGGAAGCUGAAGGUGAAACGGAGGGAGACGACAUGGAGGACGAAAUGACUGAUGUGUGAUUCGACUCCGGUUUCUCGGCUCACUUUUGUUUGUUUGUGGACCUUUCCGAUGUGAUCCUGACCCCCUUCACAGUUGUAAUAAUCUACAGCGGUUGAGAAACCACAUCACACUUACAGUAGCAGUACUGUUAACUGUCUGGCUGUUAUAACCCUAAUAUCAAAGCCUAUGCAAAAUAUAAGUGCGCUGUUUUUAUCAUCUGCUUUUUUGGUCAUGAUUUCUACCAUGCAAUGGGUUAAAGUAGCUCCAAACACACACAUACAAAAAAAACUGUGACCAUGCAUGAAACAUGAUCUGUCUGUGCACUGAUGUGAAUCUAUCAGAUAUGUUUGAUCACGUCUCAGAGAAACUGUACUGUCAUCAGAUCGAGAGGAAGACGUGACCGGCUUCAUGUUACUGUAACGUGACGAAAAAAUCAACAAGAAAUCAACUCUGACCCGGUUUACUUUCUGAAUACGCUUCUCUUGUCUUAUAUAGUCUUAUGUAUGUACAGAUUUGAUCUACACUUGAAUUUUUCUUUACAGCUGAUGACGUCUAGGUCUCACGGGAAGAGAUAUAAUCAAUGUAUCGCCAAAUAACCAGUUUGGCAAUGUUUUAGGCUUUUGUUGAAAUCUUGGCAACUGGUAAUGCAAAUUUAAUAAAGGUUAUGGCAAUAA